AUGGCAGCGAUUCUCAGGGACGAAUUCCACUUAACGAGAUUUAAAUUGACUUUCCCACACCCGGAACCAUUUCAUAAUUUCCUGUGGAAAUGGCCAUCAUGGGGCUUUAUUCUCUACAGAUUCAUUUCUUCAGCAUAUACCCUCUUCGCAUUCAUUCAUUAUUUAGCCACAUGGACGCAUCCUAUGACGUCAGCAGUAUUCCUAGCAACUUGGACAUAUUUUGUGCUGAUGCUUCAUUUCAACUUCUCUCUCGCUGUCUGUGUUUGGAUAUUCAUAAAGGAAAGAAAGCGUGGGAAGUUUACAACUUCCGGUGCAGUUAAAGAUGGCGGAAGUUCGGGUAAUAAUGACAAUGCAGAUAAUGACAGAAGUGAUAAAACUGGAAGUAGUGACGCUAACGUCAACAACAAUACAAAAAAUGUCGAAUCGGGUGUUCAUUCAUUUGAUAUGAAUGAAUUAAAUACCAAAGAGAAGAAUUUUCCUUGGUAUUUGAGUGUGUCGUGGUGUUUAGCCAAUAUGGCGUAUGUUUGUGGUGUCACCACCAGUAUUCUGUUCUAUUUUUUACCAGAUCAAACCUACACUUUCGUGAAUAUUAAUAUCUAUACACUUAACGCUAUCUUUAUAUAUGUUGACUUAUAUCUCAGUGCUAUACCUCUACGUAUUCUUCAUGCUAUUUAUCCUGUUAGUCUUGGGCUGGCUUACGGGCUCUUAAAUGUCGUGUAUUGGGCUGCAAACCCAUCCACAAACAUAGUUUACCACAACAUCUUAAACUGGAACGAACCAACAAAAGCAUCUUUGAUAUUUUUGGGUACUGUUUUAUUAAUCUUGCCAUGUAUUCAGCUGAUAUUUUUCGGUGUUUAUCGCAUGACACUAGGUUCCUUUAAAUGGGUUUACAAACAUCCAUACUAUCUUCAACAGAUGCCUGUUCCGGAAGUGGCGCAAGAUAAAUAA